GGUCGCCGCUUCAUACUGACUGAGAGGAAUGGGGACCUCAUGGUAGUCAAAAAAUAAAACUUUCACUAUCAACAGCAAGUCACAAAAAACUUCCUCGCAGCUCUCUGUAAUUUUGGAAAACUAAACACUCAGCACCUUGGAGAUAUAGCCUUGAAGAAACUUUUCUGCAACUUUUUUCAGUAAGCCAAAGAGGGGGAAAAAAUUUCUGUGUCUGCAGUGGGGAAACCUGGGGACAUUAAAGUGUCCAUCCAUCCAUCCAUUCAUCCUUCAAGAGUCCCGCUCGCUCUCUCUUCCUGCCACUUGCCAACAUGACACGGAGAUCGUGUACCAUUUAUGUGGUUGGGAUCACCUGCGCCGUCCUGCUCGCGGUUGGGAUUGGCUUGUUUGCAGGGCAAGUUUUCCGCACAUUAAUGAACAACCGCCUGAAAAAGGAGAUCGUGUUGGUAGAGGGCAGCCGCGUGUUUGACUCAUGGAAAAAACCUCCCCCUCCUGUCUACAUGCAGUUUUUCUUCUUCAAUGUGACCAAUCCAAAAGAGUUUCUUGCAGGGGCAAAGCCAGAAGUUAAACAGAUUGGACCCUACACUUACAGGGAGUACAGGUACAAGGACAACGUAAGCAUGGUGGCAAAUGGCAAAAUGGUCUCCGCGUAUAACACGAAAAGCUUUGUGUUCCUGAGGGAGAAAUCUGUGGGUGAUCCAGCUGAGGAUAACAUCACCACUGUCAACAUCCCUGCCUGGGCUGUCAUGAACAAUGUGAAAGGUAGUUUCUGGAGGGCCUCCAUGGUUUCAAUUUGGAUGAACUCUCUCGGGAGUGGUCUGUUCACUACACGCACUGUGGAUGAACUGCUUUGGGGCUACGAAGACCGUCUGCUGGUUCGCGUUGCUGCCACCAAACCUGAGGUGGAGACGGUGUUUGGACUCAUGUACAAGAAAAAUGGAAGCAACGACGGUGAAUUUAUCUACCACACUGGAGAGCAGAACUACAUGGAUUAUGGCCGGAUCGAAACAUGGAAAGGCCAAAGGGAGUUGACUUUCUGGAGCUCUAACUAUAGCAACAGCAUCGUUGGAUCAGAUGGAAGUGCUUUCCACCCCCUGCUUGACAAGGAUGAGCGCAUUUACAUCUUUACUCCAGACCUGUGCAGGACCAUCUACAUGGAGUUUGAGAAAGACGUCGAGGUGAAAGGGAUCCCAGCGUACCGCUUCACACCUCCACCCUCUGUCCUGGCCAGCAAAGAGGAGAACCCGAACAAUGAGGGUUUCUGCGUCACCCCAAAGGAGUGCCUGGGAACUGGCGUCCUUAAAGUCAGCCCCUGUCGGAAAGGUGCGCCAGUGGUUGCCUCCUUUCCUCAUUUCUACCUGGCAGAUGACAAAUAUGUGGCUGCCAUUGAAGGACUGUCACCUGAAAGGACACAUCACCAAACUUUUCUAGACCUAAACCCCACCACUGGCGUGAUUGUACGCGCUCACAAACGAGCACAGGUGAACAUCUUGAUGCAGCGAAUCCCUGGAUUCCCGAACACUAGAUCCCUGAAUGAAACAGUAUUUCCUGUAAUGUUCCUCAAUGAGAGCGUGGAAAUUGACGAUGCGUCUGCAGAGAGAUUAAAGAAGCUUCUGCUGAUUAGCAAUUUGGUGUCCAACUUCCCUCUCGUCAUUGUGGGACUGGGUGUUAUUCUGCUCAUGGUCUUUGUCAUCCUCCUGUGCCAGGCUCGCAAACAGAAGAAUGAAGUUAAGCGCAUUGUGUUUACCAAGCCUCUUUAUGCUUCCUCUGCUGAAGACGACACCGCUUACUCUCCAGUUAAUGAUAAGGAGAAGGAGGAUCCCCAGAAUGGAACCUACAUUGGUCUGACACCUAAGGCUGACGUGGAAGCUUGAGGAUGAGCAAGGGGUCUGUCAUAGAGGGCUCAGGUGAAGAGGAUAUGUUUUUAGUCUCAGAUGUCUUUUAUUAUAUGCUCUUAGGUUUACUUAGAGAGCGCUAAACUCUAUUCCCAGACAAACAGUGUUUAGAACACAACAGUGGCUUCUUCUAGCUGCUGCUAAUUAUGUAAAAAUAGUUGUAAACAGUCGUCCAAUAAGCAGAGAUGAAGAGUGUGCUCUGUGGUGGUUCUAAAACAGGGGUCCCCAAUCCCAGUCCACGAGGGCCGGUGUCCCUGCAGGUUUUAGAUGUGUCCUUGAUCGAUCACAGCUGAUUUAAAUGGAUAAAUUACCUUCUCAACAUGUCUUGAAGUUCUCCAGAGGCCUGGUAAUGAACUAAUCAUGUGAUUCAGGUGUGUUGACCCAGGGUGAGAUCUAAAACCUGCAGGGACACUGGCCCUCGUGGACUGGGAUUGGGGACCCCUGUUCUAAAACAAUCACACCCUUUAAAUGACGGAGGAUCAAAACUGCCAAAAUUAAGAAGACAUGGAACAAAAUGAGUAAAUCAAGGUUAAUGGAAUUUAUUACAUUAUUUACAAUGCAUUUGUAAAUGAUUGUGUUUGCUUUUGUAUUAUUUACCUUUGUACUAUGGCUCCAUAGUAGAGUUGUUGUGAUUGACAUCUCAGUCACACUCAGGCCAGAAACUGGUCAGCGACCCCCUGGCAACCUCUGGGGAAAAAAUGUGUACCGAUUGGUUAAUACUAAUCUUCUUUUCCUCAUGUGGUUGCCAAGCAAUUGCCAACUGGCCUCUAGGCCUGUGUGACUGGGGCCUACUACAUUCCUCUGAAAUAUUAAAGAAAGAUCCACAAAUUCCUAGUGCCCCAAAUCAGGAGGGUUGCGGCUGCUGUGGCACCCCCUUGGGAAAUAAGGGAGCAGCUAGCAGUACCCAUAUUAUUUACAUUUGUCAUAAUUAUUCUGUUUAUCUACAAUCAGAUUUAAUUUCAUCUCUCUGUUGGCGUUUUUGUGUUUUUUGAGUGGGUUGGGGUUACGUUACGGCUAACAAGUAGAUUUCCUGUUUUGGUCCCAACUAGCCAAACAACAAAGAACCACUCACUGCUUAAGGAAUGGAGAGUGAAAGUGGACAUUAUAUUCUUGUUGUUUUUGUUUUUUAACGUAACAUUCAUUGUUGCAGCCAAAGAGACUGCUUUUCCCAGACUGCCUUUAUUAGACUGUUUUUUAAGUGUCCUUGUUGUCCACUGAGUUACUGAGUGUCACUAGUUAGCUAACAUAAGCUAAUGUAAGUCUAUUAGCAGCAACCAAUCCAGUAAUGUCAUAUUCUGUACUGGUGCAAUAUAGCACUAAGCAUGUUAUAAAAACACAUAUUCUUUAAAUCCAGCUUCAUAGACGGUUUAUAGAGGUUUAUUUGGAAAAGCAAAUAUGUUUGGCACAACAGUGCAUUUAAAUCAUAAUUAUGAUUAUAUAUAUUUUUUUUUAAUUUGGCAGUUUUGGUCCUCCAUACAUAGUUAACUACCUGUCAUUAUUUGUAUGGCUAAACCGAUUUGUCUUGCUUUGGACUUCAGAUUUUAUGGAAUGAUUACUUGUACACAGCGCACUGAGGUCAUUUGGGGAGCAAUGUGAUGAAAUCCUUAAACUAAUGAUUUUUUGGGGUGUUAUAUUUCACUCUCAGGGGGUCUCAUCUUAGAUGCUGUAAAGCAGUUAUUAAAGCAGGAGAAAGAAAGCACAAUAUACUGGAUGAUAAAUCAGUGUUACUAUGUCUCAUUUGCAUUUCAUGUUACAAAAAAAUGUCACAUCAUAAUAUUUUCUGCUCAUCCAUGGCGCAUAGAGGGAUAUCUAACAAAACCAGCAUACCUGAGCAUCUUCAGAGUAUGGCAUUUGUUUGUAUAUACAUACAGUGUAAGAAGUGAUGAACUGCUUACAUUCCUCUCAGCGUAUGAUGGGGAUGAGUAUCGGACAAAACACUGUAUAUUUUGGAAAUUUUAAUUUGUAAAGUAAGACAAACCUUGCUUUAUGGUUUUUUGUGUUGUUUUUUUUAAUGUGUCAUUGUAGAAAUGUUUGAAUUAAAGACAUUUCAUGUAAGAACUUUAUAAAUGUUUAUAAAGCUCUAAAGCCUUAACCACGGCAGAUUUUUUUGGUUCAAACCAAGAUUCAGACAGUACAGAAUUUAUGUGUUGACAGUAUUUUGCCCUGUGUAACUGUUUAUUACUAAGUGAUAUACUGAAAUGUAUUUUAGAUGCUGUAGUGGUGUCUUUAAAGUUACUGGAUUUCUUGUUCCUUUUAAAGAUUUUUGUUGCGUGAACAGAACACUGUGCCAUAUCAACAAAUCUACUCGUGACUUUUUUUCCUUCUUCUUCUUUCAGCUACCAAAAAUAAAUAAAUAAAUAACAAAACCUUUUUGAUAUUUCUAAUAUCUAACAGUAGGGUCAAACUGCACUUUGAAAACUCUCUGCCUGACUAGCAGGUUGUUGUGCAGGGUCACAGUUUUCUCACUCGAUGCUGGUGAUGAAAAUGUGCCGUCAUAAUGUGAUCUGGAAAAUGCUGCAGAAUUCCUCCGUUAGAACUGUGACGAGUCCGGCUUUUAUUACUGCUCAUGUAACAUUUUAAUUAAAGGCUUAUAUGCACUGUGAUAAUCGUAAUGACUAUAUCAGAUAUUAGUGGAUUCAUUUGAUUUUAGUAAAGUGUUUAACACGUACACUAUAAUAAGGAAAAAAUGAUUGCAUUUUAGAAAAUUUGUGCACAGCGUUUUAUAUAAGAGUUACAAACUCACAAGGAGAUGAAAGACAGGAUUCAUCUGAAUCCCUUUGAAAAAUACAGACUAUACAGUAUAAAAACACAGUUGUGGCUAAAGAGAAUAAAUUAUUUUGCUAUGUCGAUAAAACCAAAACACAUAAAGCAUUGCGUGGACUGUUCGCUGAGCUACUCAGUGCCAUACUUUGAUUGUAGAUGUUUCCUGAAAGUAUUGUUACUGCCAUAAAACACAUACUUGUUUUGAAAAUGUUGAACGUUUUUAUUCUGUAUACAAAAAAUAAAAAGUAGUUUCA